AUGGGUCAGACUCUUUCGGAGCCAGUAGUAGAGAAGCUAUCCGACAGCGGUGAAGAUGAUCGUUUGGCCUUCGGACUAUCCAGCAUGCAGGGCUGGCGUAUCUCUAUGGAGGAUGCUCACGCUGCGGUUCUCGAUCUCCAUAAACCUGACGUUGCGGGCACUGCCGGAAAAGAGGGAAGGUUGAGUUUCUUCGGUGUCUACGAUGGGCAUGGAGGCGAGAAAGUUGCUGCAUUCAGCGGGGAUAACGUUCAUAAGAUCGUGGUGAAGCAGGCUUCUUUCGAGGCUGGUGAUUACGGAAAGGCCCUGCAGGAUGGGUUUCUUGCUACAGAUAGAGCUAUCUUGCAGGGUAAUAAAUUACCUUUCCUAGUGUUUGUGAAGAGUUGGCUCGGAUUCAUUCUAGGGCAGGAUGCUGAUGAGUCAACCGGUUCCCUAGAUCCCCGCUAUGGCGACGAGGUAUCUGGAUGUACUGCCACUGCCGCCCUUAUUUCAGACACAAAAAUCUAUGUUGCAAACGCCGGCGAUUCACGUACAGUUUUGGGUGUAAAGGGAAGAGCUAAGCCCUUGUCUUUCGACCAUAAGCCACAGAAUGAAGCCGAGAAGGCCAGGAUACAGGCUGCCGGUGGUUUCGUCGAUUUUGGAAGAGUUAACGGCAACCUUGCGUUGUCAAGGGCUAUCGGUGAUUUUGAGUUCAAGAAGAGCGCCGACCUCCCACCAGAACAGCAGAUUGUUACCGCCUUCCCAGACAUCAACAUACACGAAAUCUCAGAUGAUGAUGAGUUCCUAGUUCUUGCCUGUGACGGAAUCUGGGACUGCCAGUCAUCUCAGGCCGUUAUCGAAUUCGUUCGACGUGGCAUAGCCGCCAAGCAAGAGCUUCAUCGUAUUUGCGAAAAUAUGAUGGAUAACUGCCUUGCCUCUAGCAGUGAUACUGGUGGUGUAGGAUGCGACAACAUGACCAUCGUUAUCGUUGCCUUACUCCGUGGCAAGACCAAGGAAGAGUGGUAUGAUAUGAUCGUGAAGCGUGUUGCUGACGGCGAUGGCCCCUGCGCUCCACCCGAGUACGCCGAGUUCCGCGGGCCGGGAGUACACAACGACUUUGAUGAUAGUCCAGACGAGUUUGAUGCGCAGAAUCAGUCGGACAUGUUUGACGACGCAGAGGAUAAAGAAGAGGAGGAGAAAGAUGACGAGGCACUACGAAAGGUAGCUGCAAGAGAAAAUAAAGGGGAGGAUGAAGAGAUGAAAGACAUCACGAAGUCGGACAAGGACAAGGAGAACGCAAAGGUCGACGCUUCUCCUGCGAAAACCGCCACCUCUACAGACGGAGGGCCCAAAAAGCAAGCUUCAAAUUAG